GUUAUAUACAUCAUUGGAUAGAACCCUCAAGGUUAUUUGCCUUCACUGGGUAGGUAGUCCUAUCUAUCUUAUCUGUCUAUCUAUCCUUUUUUAGUAAAGGGUUAUUUAAUCUCGUCCAAAGAACCAAAAAGUGAUGUAUAGAUCCCCAAAUAACCUUUUUUUCUAAGAGCAUAAGCUAUACAGUUGCUACAUUGUAGCCAGUGGUGUAGUGGUACGGGUCAUCAAAAUUUGGCUUCAAUAGGCUAUUCACCAGGCUGAGUUUUUACAAUCUGAAAUCAAUAAAGUCAAAAAUCAUGUUACACUGUGAUAUGAUUUUAAAGAAACGGGCUAGACUGGACAGAAAGGGUGGGACAUGUACUAUUAUUUAUGGUUGAGCGUUUUUCGACGCUUCCCAAAAACACUGGGUUACGUCAUGUGUUGGAACUUUGCUCCAAUCAGGACUCGAUCUGAACUAACGUCUAUGGCUUUGAAGCGGGAGGGCUCAGCGUCUAUGCUACCAACAAUGACCGAGAUUCAAAAACACCGGCAAAGCGACAUCCACCAGCAAGCGGCCAACAGCCACCUGCAACAGACCCAUCCUAGGGCUUCAUGAGAGAAGUUACUAUUGUGGUUUAGUAUUGGACAGUCUAUGGGUUGAUUAGAUUAGCUAAGCAGAGAAGCCUGUAUUGGCAAAAGGAGUGUCAGCAGCAAGACUAGGCGCUCUUGGAAUAAAAUAAAAAGAGGCGCCCAAAUCUGUCCCUUCGGUGGACGGGAUCCCCUCCCUGCGCUUCGAGCGCCACUCUCGCGGAGCUAUCGCAACAAUGGACCCAGGUCUCCACGGGGAGCUCACUCUGUGUGCCACAUCUCAGUGGGUCAGUGGUGGAUAUGCCUCGUAACGUGUGUUCUUUCCCAUGUUAACAUCGUUCUCUGGUAGUGUUUCCUUCACUCGCGUUUGGUAAAUCCAGAGGAAUAGGACUGAAGAUGCCUAGACGGAACAGGUACAAUCUGGUGGACGAUGUCGCGGAUUCACGGGUCCCCCUCCAUAACGAAGAGGCGUACCAACACGGGAUACAUUUUCAAGCUAAGUAUGUGGGCAGUCUGGAUGUUCCCAGGCCCAACAGUCGUAUGGAGAUCGUAGCAGCCAUGAGGAGGAUCAGGUAUGAGUUCAAGGCCAAGAACAUCAAGAAGAAAAAAGUGAGCAUCAUCGUGUCUGUGGACGGAGUCAAGGUGGUCCUCCGGAAGAAACAGAAGAGGAAAGAGUGGACCUGGGACGAGAGCAAGAUGCUGAUCAUGUCUGACCCCAUAUACAGGAUCUUCUACGUGUCCCAUGACUCCCAGGACCUGAAGAUCUUCAGCUACAUCGCCAGAGACGGCUCCAACAACUCCUUCAGGUGUAACGUCUUCAAAUCCAAGAAGAAGACCCAGGCCAUGCGUAUCGUGCGUACGGUGGGCCAGGCGUUUGAGGUGUGUCAUAAGCUUAGUCUGCAGCACGCCCAUCAGGGAAUAGAUGGACAGGCAGAUGGAGAGAGUGACAAGUCCACAGAGGACACCCCAGCUGAGGGUCGUCAGUUGACAGGGGCGGAGGAGGGGUGUGGAGAGGAAGGGGAGCCCCAGGCACAGUCCCAGUCUGUGUGUGAGCAGGCGGUCAACGAGAUCCUCCAGAGUCUGGCCCAACUCAACGUGGUCCAGCCUGGACACACCAUCAUGGACUAUGAGAGCCGCUCCAGCUACACGGUGUCUCCGAAUGGCGUGGUUUCUCCCAGCUGCCCCUGCUCUCCGUUUCUCACCCCGCUGGCGGCGCGUCACUACCUCCAGCUCCUCCAACAGCAGAUCCAGCAGCAGCAGCAACACACACAGGUGGCAGUCGCACAGGUGCAGCUCCUGAAGGAUCAGAUGUCAGUGGAGACCGCAGCUCGUGUGGAGGCCCAGGCUCGUGUCCACCAGCUGCUACUACAGAACAGAGACCUGCUCCAGCACCUGUCCCUGCUGGUCACACAGCUCAAACACCUGGAGAGCAAGGCACCAGGACAGGGACCGGGGGAGAGACACACAGCUGGACUGGGACAGGGGGAGAGACACACAGCUGGACUGGGACAGGGGGAGAGACAGGGUCACAAUGAUCAGGAGUCGUCAUGGACGACCAGGUCUCUGUCACUCAACCUGAAGAACCAUUACAGCUUGAGCAGCAUGGACCAGCCCAUCACCUCCACCCCUGCAGGGCCACUCCAAAACCCCCCCCUCACCGCUUCCCAGGUGGACGGUGCCGAGUCCUACCUCAACCUCCUCAACCUGGAGAAUGGGACCAAACCACUGGGCUCUCAAAAUGGGGGGGAGGCGGAGACAGACACACUCAUCAGAAGAACAUCCAAUGGGAAGCCAGGGCGGAGAGACAGCUCGGAAGUGUCGUCAAAUGAGAUUUUGCCAUUCGAAACAAGGAAUUUGACAGCCCUGGAUGAAAGGUUUAAACAGAUCAUCCCUAAAUUGGAACCGCCUCCCCCGUCCUUCAACCGUAAGCGAUCCAGCCGAACUGUCUCUCCGGGGUUGGAGUUCAACCCGCUGACCAUGCCUCUGACCACACAAGUAGACGGGAAUGGUGGCGUUCCGAGCCGGAGCGAGAGCCUGUCCUUCCCAGACAUCACGCCCUGCUCCCUCUCUUCCGGACUCUCAGGAGACUUCCACCCGCUCAGCAACGGAGGCGGCGAGAGCGGCUCGUGCGGCUCAGCUAGCGAGGAUUCCGGCGUCCGCUCCGAGACUAAAUCGCAUCUCUCGCCCCUCCAUGACGAAGAGGACCCAUUUGGGGACAGGGGGACGUUCCUGACUGUCUCUAGCGGCUGUGGCAGCCCCCUAGAAGACAUGAAGGGGGAAACUGCGCCCCUGUCAUGCGUCACCACCACCCCAGGCACACACGCGGACAGCUACGAGCACACGCUCCCCUUCUCCUCCCCCAUCAAUGACACCUGUCUGCACAUCAGCUUCUCAGAGGAUGAGUUGCUGGACAGCAGCCCUGAGGACUCCAGUGUCCCACAACGGAGCUAGGAAGACGGGCCGGGAGAGCUACUACAGACCGUGACUUCAUUUGAGGCCUCUGGGGCUGGGCGCUCCUAGUUGACUGACCCUGAUGCUGCAACAGACACCACACAAUAAAAUGACUGACACAGACUGUUAUCAGAGCUUCUAACGCUCACUGAAAUGCAAUAGUGUUUUGUAGACCUCAUUCGGUCCAUAUUCCUAAAAUGUUGAGUAAGCUGGAUUUCAAGACUAGUUUUUCUGUCCUUUCACAACACACAGCUGGACAGAAUUGCGCAUGGCCUAAACAUACUUCAACACAUUCACAGAAAAGGAACAUAAAAUGAUCUAUUAUUCUAUAAAUUAUUGCCAUAUGGACAGAUCCUAGUAUUUUUAUAGAGAAUAAGGAUUGUAUUUGUUAUUAGUAAAUCAGUAGAGCAUUGAGAAUAAUCAUGUAGCAGAAGUCUUUCACUGUUAAUGUAGCCUAUAGUGUCAGUGACAAGUUAGUAGUCAAGAUGCUUAAAAUGUAUUUCAUUACAUACUCUCAACUCAUUUACAGGGUUUUCAACAUCACCCAAGCAUUACUGAAAUCGAAGUGACAUACUGUAAGAAUGUUGUGGGAACGUUAUGGGAAAGUUGUGAGAACAUUGGAUUUGAAGUGCUGUGGCAUUGAGAACAGCUGCCCUCUCUCAGGCAUCAGGUUAUGAAGUGUUAUGACGAAUUAUGGAGAAAGGAACAGGGAAGUGAUAGAAAAGGAACAGCGAAUGGAAGAGAAGUGGUGAUGGAACUGUGUUAGUGUGUGUUUGGCCACUCACACUCAUACUCACAGUGUGGUAGUUUGAUGAUGUGUGUUUGGCCACUCACACUCAUACUCACAGUGUGGUAGUUUGAUGAUGUGUGUUUGGCCACUCACACUCAUACUCACAGUGUGGUAGUUUGAUGAUGUGUGUUUGGCCACUCACACUCAUACUCACAGUGUGGUAGUUUGAUGAUGUGUGUUUGGCCACUCACACUCAUACUCACAGUGUGGUAGUUUGAUGAUGUGUGUUUGGCCACUCACACUCAUACUCACAGUGUGGUAGUUUGAUGAUGUGUGUUUGGCCACUCACACUCAUACUCACAGUGUGGUAGUUUGAUGAUGUGUGUUUGGCCACUCACACUCAUACUCACAGUGUGGUAGUUUGAUGAUAUGUGUUUGCACAUGAUGUUUGGUUUUGGAAUGUUGUACACCACUCCUAUAGCCUUCAGACCACACAGUUUAAAAAUAAGAAAAGGUAGAUUUUUCUGGGACAUUUCAAUGAUGAUGAAUUAAUCUGUACAGCAAUAAGAGCCAACAUGAUUAGUUGAAUGUUGGUUUUAGGGCUAGAAGAGCCAACAUGAUUGGCUGAAUGUUGGUUUUAGGGCUAGAAGAGCCAACGUGAUUGGCUGAAUGUUGGUUUUAGGGCUUGAAGAGCCAACAUGAUUGGCUGAAUGUUGGUUUUAGGGCUUGAAGAGCCAACGUGAUUGGCUGAAUGUUGGUUUUAGGGCUAGAAGAGCCAACGUGAUUGGCUGAAUGUUGGUUUUAGGGCUUGAAGAGCCAACAUGAUUGGCUGAAUGUUGGUUUUAGGGCUAGAAGAGCCAACGUGAUUGGCUGAAUGUUGGUUUUAGGGCUAGAAGAGCCAACGUGAUUGGCUGAAUGUUGGUUUUAGGGCUAGAAGAGCCAACGUGAUUGGCUGAAUGUUGGUUUUAGGGCUUGAAGAGCCAACGUGAUUGGCUGAAUGUUGGUUUUAGGGCUAGAAGAGCCAACGUGAUUGGCUGAAUGUUGGUUUUAGGGCUCGAAGAGCCAACGUGAUUGGCUGAAUGUUGGUUUUAGGGCUCGAAGAGCCAACGUGAUUGGCUGAAUGUUGGUUUUAGGGCUAGUAAACAGCUCUGAUCUGAAAAGCUGGCCAAUGGCCUGACAAGCAGUGAAACUUAACAGAUGGUUCCAAGUGGAAUGGUGUUAUUAGAUGAAUGGUGUUAUUAGAUGAAUGGUGUUAUUAGAUGAAUGGUGUUAUUAGAUGAACGGUGAGGCAUGAAAGGUUUAAUAGCCCCUCUUAAUGGCAAAAGAUUUUCAGGGAUUUUUAGCUUUGAUCAAAAGACCCACAGAGUGGAACGAUAAUUGGGAAUCAGCGAGAGGCCUCAGGGGAAAAGACAAACUCACUGAUGAAUUAUAUCUCUCUCUCUAUUUCACUUUCUCUAUUUAUCUAUCUAUCUCUCUGAAGUCCUGAAUGACAGGGUAUUUUUGCUAAGCCUGAGAGUUUGGGUGUCAGUUUAAAUGAAGGAGAUAGUGACAUCGCUGCUGAGUGUUUGUUCAUUUGUGGAAUGGGAGGAAGAGAGAGAGAGAAAAAAAAUUGAAAGAGAGGAAAAAGUGUCAUAACAGGUUAAUAACAGGGUUAGUUCAGUAAUUGUCUGUAAAACAUGGUCUCACAGUGAGAAACAUGGCGAUUGUCUCAUCUCCAUACUUACACAGGCUUUCUGUAUGACAACUACAACAAUAACAGAUAUAUGUUAUAUGCAUGACUAGUCUAGGGGUUUAUUCCUGGUCAGGUCACAUGGUCAAGAACAACUCCUGGCCUUAUGAGAGCGAGAAAAUGAGAUUGAGUUAAACUGAUGUCUUAAAAUGAAUUGAACAAUAGUACCUACUCUAAAUGUGGGCUUAUUCUGGAUGGCAGGUUGAGGUGAUGACGAGGUGGUUAAGAAGAGAUAUGAUUGGACGACAGUACAGGUGUCGACUGGUGAUUGGCAAGAAGGAAUCGGAGGAGCUGAAGAGAGGGCGGCUUUUCUUUCCAACACUUUGAAGGAGAGAAAAACACAGCAAUAAUAAAGGAAUGAGUGAAUGAAUAAAAGACGAGUUGAACAAC